UUUUGUAAAAUUGCAAAAAGCACAUGCACUGUGAAGCCCCUGUUGCACACAGGCAGUCUUGAAAAGUCUUCGGUUCACUGUUAACUUACCUGGAAUACCAUAAAUUGUAAAAACAAACAAAAAUGCAUAUAAACACAUACAAAUACGUAAAUAUGCAACGCAUUUAUUAUGUUUAAUUACAAGUUAGUUGUUAAUAUAGACAGAGAUUAAGGAGGCGGCGCUAUACUAAAUACACGGUUGCCAGAUUUAUUAAUAAUCAUCAGUCUAAAUAAAGUAUGCUUAAACUGCCAAAAGCUGAAAUAAAUAAAUAAAAAAAACUUUGUGAAAUAAUUAUUAAAUAUUAACUUUUGUAAAUGUAUGUUUUGUUCACAGGUUGGUCUCGUCAGGGUGAGUAAUGAGAUCGGAAAGGUUUAAAUGUGGGCCAUAUCUGGGUUGUACACUGUACAUGGGGCCUAUUAUAUACUUAUAUUGGACCCAUAUAGGAAUAAAGUAAGCUUUAACAAAGGUAUACAUUAGAAAAUAAUUUCCAAUCAUGCCAUGCCCACCUAGCCCACGAUUACUACCACACUGAGCAAAGCGGGCUGGUUUGUUAAAUAUGUCAUUUAUAUGUCAGUUUAAUGUGCAGGCACACUUUUUUCCCACCUAGAUUAUACCUGGUCCUGACUGGGUCCUGAUUGGGCAUAACAACGACUAAGGCUGCGUCUGAAAUCGCAUACUUCCAUACUAAACAGUACGCAAAAUCAGUACGCGAGAUGGGGUAGUGUGUCCGAAUGCGCAGUAUGCGAGUUUAAGGACGCGAAAAGUUCCCGGAUGACGUACUGCACCGGGACAGAUUUUGAAGUAUGCAAGCCCUGCACACUUCCCCCGCUCAUAUUUCCCAGAGUUCCAAGGGGGGCGGCAGAAGCGAAGCAGAGGUUGAAGAUGGCGGACAGCGGCGACGCGGGUCUUUACAAGUGGAGUGAUGAGGACACCAGGGAGCUGAUCCGGUGGAGGGUGGCCAAUGAGGCCCUCUUCACCGGAAAAAGAAAUGCAGCAGUUCGAGGAUUUGAAGCCUUCGUGUUGGAGAAAAAGUUGAAAGGGAAGGUGACCCCUGUCUUCGUAAAGAAGAAAUGGGAGAACCUAAAACAAAAGUACGAGGAACUCAGGUGCCCCCCUACUGGGGUGAGUACUGAGGGUGGUGAAGCAACAGCAGCAUCCUGGAAAUGGUAUACUGCCAUGGAUGAGGCAAUAGGUGGGAGGCCAUCAAUUAGCCCACCCACCCUUAUUGUCUCAUCUGGCCAGGGUGCUGCUGAAGCUUCAACACCCUCUUGUAGGCCAGGAGACAACCAGACCCCAGGCAGGAAAAGGCAGAGGGAGACCGACCUCAUAGUUUUUUUAAAGGAGAUGGAAGAGAGGGAAAAUGAGAGAGAGCGAGAGGCAGCAGAGAGAGAGGAGAGGCGAUGGCAAGAGGCUGAGGAGAGAGAGGAAAGAAGAGAGAGGGAAAGAAUUGAGCGCGAGGAAAGGCGAGAGCAAGAGACAAGAGAGAGAGUUAAGGAGAGAUCGAGAGGCCAGAGAGAGAGAGGAAAGGAGAGAGACAGAAGCGAGAAUAAGGGAAGAAAGGAGAGAGAGAGGAGAGAGAGAGGGAAGAAAGAUUCUUGCAAAUAUUGGGGAUUCUUGUUAAAAAAGAAACAUUUAAAAAUCAGUUUGCACGUCCAGUGGUAUUAUUGUGUCUUGAGAAACGGCAGUUUAUAUUUGCAUAUUAUAGAAGAAUGUUAGUAUUCUAACUGUAAAGAAGGACAUUUAAAGUUUCCUCACCCAGUCUAUAAUUGACAAUGUAGUAUUUAUUCCAAACAAGCAAGACAUUUUCAGGGACUAGGAAUUUACAACUCUAUUAAGUGAAUUUAAGUGUUUUAUCUUUAGAAAUAUCUUUCUUUUAACUCUUAGUUAAAUUAGAAGUAGCAAUUUAAGUCUAUGGUUACUGUAAGGCAGGGGUGCCCAAUCUUUUCCACAAUGGGCCGGUGUAACUGCAGGUGUGUUAUCCGUAACUGUGACACCAUUAUGAGCUAAACUUAGUUUCUUUAAAAAAAAAAUAAUAAUAAUGACAAGUUCACCUAACUCAAGCAGUUUGAUUCAGUACCUUUUGGUUGUUUACUGCCCCAAAGAUGGCUCCAAUCUGCUGCAAAGAAUAAGGGAGGAAAGUUCUGAGGAAACAGGGCAGCAUUUAAAUGCUCUUGGUAGUGCAGGUAUGUAUGCAUAUGUAGGUCAGGUUUUAACGUUAAAAUAAGUGCAGUAAUUUGUGAAAAGAUGUGCUCUUGUGUGUAGAUCAAAUAGUUAAGCUCUUAAAAAAAACUACAUCAAAUUUAAAAUACCUAUAAGAUAAGUAAACAUGAAUGGUUUCUUAUUCAAGUUCAAACAUGUUGGUAAUUUAAAAUUCAAAGUGUACCCUUAAUUGAAAAAGUGUUGAUGUUGGUGUGGUGAUUAGCAAAAGAAACAGAAAAUGGGGAAAGUGUAUUUUUUUUAUUUAACCACAAUCAAAAGUGGAAAAGGGUAGAACAACUAAGAAACAAGAAAUUACUAGGAUCUAUUAGGAUCUGUUUAAUCUAAUAAGAACUAUUUAUUUGAACAAUUUAUAAUAGAUUAUGAAAAAAUUUUACCUACUUAGCAAAAUUAAACUAUUUAAAAUAUCAGAAAUAUGAAAAUGUAACAGGUAAAACUAUAGAACUGUAAAUGUAAAAAAAAACAUGAAAAUUGUCAAAGACUAUGUACAGAACUCUAAAGAUAAUCAUGCUCAAGAAGAGCUGGUACGGCCAUCUGGGGUGCAGAGACAGCUGCAGCCAGGUUCUCCCGUGCCUCGUUUCCAGAUCUUUCCUCUGUUUGUGCAGGCUCUGGGGCAUGAGCAUCCUCCUCCUCUGGAACAUCUGGCUCAAUGAUGUCACCAUGAGCAAUGCACAGGUUGUGGAGCACUGCGCAACAUGCCACGACCUCUGGGGCGAAGACAGGGCUCACCUCAAGGGCCUUGAAGAAAAUGGAGCGCCAGCGUGUCUUCAGCAUCCCAAAUGCUCUUUCAAUGACGCACCGGGCCUGAGAGAGCUUGCGGUUAAAGCGAGCCUGUACAGGGUUCUGUACAGGCUCUCGAUAUGGGGUCAGGAGCUUGAUGGGAGUGCUGAUGCACGGAUAACCCCCAUCCCCAAGGAUGCAUCUUCCCGCAGGUGGGUACAAUGCCUCUUUAUACAAGGGGCUGUUUUUUAAAAUCCUUGCAUCGUGCACAGAGCCAGGAUACCCAACAAAAAUGUCUAAAAACUUUCCCUGGUGGUCACAGAUGGCUUGCAGCUGGAC